UCCCGACAUGCUCCGCGGCGGCAGCCAACCGCCGGAUUUGAAUCAGGUCGGCGCUCUGCGGCUGUGUCGGCGGGAUGGGCGCUUCGUCGUUGCCCCCCGCCUGGCAGCUCUACCUCAAGGACCACCGCAUCUCUACGUUCAAGAACUGGCCGUUCUUGGAGGGCUGCGCCUGCACCCCGGAGCGGAUGGCCGAGGCCGGGUUUAUCCACUGUCCCACUGAGAACGAGCCCGACUUGGCCCAGUGUUUCUUCUGCUUCAAGGAGCUGGAAGGCUGGGAGCCAGAUGAUGACCCUAUAGAGGAGCAUAAAAAGCAUUCAUCUGGUUGUGCUUUCCUUUCUGUAAAGAAGCAGUUUGAAGAAUUAACCCUCAGUGAAUUUUUGAAACUGGACAAAGAAAGAGCCAAAAACAAAAUCGCAAAGGAAACCAACAGUAAGCAGAAAGAAUUUGAAGAGGCGGCAAAGAGAGUGCGCUGUGCCAUCGAGCAGCUGACUGCGGUGGAGUGAGGCCUCUGCCGAGCGCGCCGCUCCCCGGCCUGACCCCUUCCCAGCGCCUUAGGGAAGGAGAACAUUCACGAUUUGAAAUUAGAAUAUUUAAGCUAUA